AUGACUGCAGCCGCGCGGGAGGAUCAGGCCCCAAAGACUCCGCAAGCCGAAGCAGUAGAAUUUGUGGAAAAGACCAAAUCUCUCGGCUUCCGGGUGGAGAUGCCUGACAUCGAGCACGAUCGUCAGGCCCAGCAAGCCGAAGCAGCAGAAUCUGGGGAAUCUGCGGAGAAGACCGAAUGUCUCGGCUUCCGGGUGGAGAUGCCUGACAUCGAGCACGAACAUCAGGCCCCGAAGCCUCUGGCCGAAGCAGAAUCUGUGGAACCCUUGGAAAAGACCGAAUCUCUCGGCUUUCGGGAGAUGGAGAUGCCCAACGUUGAGCCCGAACAUCAGGAAACUGCUGAGGAAGCUCUGGAAGCUGCCUGGGCAGCACACACUGGCAGCCCUGGAAGCGAAGCUGAUGUGGGACAGCCCGUGCCAACCCAGGAUGAACCGGAAGACCUGGACGACUCGACACUCCUUGAGAUCGAGGCGCUGAAGACGCAGGUGGAAGAGGCCAUGCGGAGAACGGCAAGGGCACAGAUGCAACUGCGUCGCAAGAAAGCGGAAGAGUUCAUGCUGGCUGCGCUAGCCAAGCAUUGCGAACUUGCUUGCAAAGUCUACAAGGCACACGACCAAGGCUGCGCUGAGGAGACAGGGCGGAGGCCUUCCGCGGAGGCAAAAAGGAGCCUGCGCAGGCAUGCAGAUGGGCAUCACUGA